AUCGUCCGCCGACUCGUUCACAUCAUUACAUUUUUUUACACGCGUUUUUUUACUGAUCUUUUUGCUACACACGCUAGAAGAAAAAGAUUUGCGCCACGAUGAGUAAAGCACGAUUGACUAAGGAGGAAAAACCAGCGGUGGUGGGGGAAGCAAAACCCGCGCAUGUAUUCUAUGUUUGGUAUACGGAGCUGUGCAGGCGGGCAGGUACGCAACCUCUUAAUUAUGUAAAACCAGCGAGGCCAAAAAACGAGAACGUGUUGGACUUUGUCGCCGACCGCAUCAAGCCGGAGGAGUGGAUCCCAUUGUUGAGUGCCCUACGCCGCGAUACCAGUUUGCAUGUGAUCGCCAUCCACAGUCGGGCGAAGUGUAAGUUCCUGGAUGACGUUGACUGCCCUGAUAAGAUCAAGCUGAUGAAACGCAGGGCUGGGUCCCUGCAUACAGCAUACGUGUGUAGGAGCUUGGUGAAGACCCUUACUAACUGCCUGCUGCAUAGUCAAGUACUCUCCAGUUUGGAACUGGAUGGUGUACCCAUAGGAGUGGAGGAUAUUGAGGUGUUGGUUGCCGCCCUGCAGCAGAACAAGGUCAUCAAGGUGCUGGCUUUCAAGUACAGUAAUGUGGGUAACCUGGGUUGUCAGAUCCUGUGCUCAGCGUUGAGACAGAUGCCCAACAUUGAAGUGUUGAAUCUGUCCGGGUGUAAGCUAGACGCCAAAAGUGCCCAAGCAAUUGCUAAAGUGGUGAAGACCCAGCAGAUCAGCAGGUACUGCGAAAGCUGGCAUAAUUCUUUAAGGUAUGAAGAUCCGGACGUGGGUAUCAUGGCGGGUCUUCGUCGGAUCACACUGAAUAACAACCCGGGGAUUAGUGACCAGGGUCUGAUCUUCAUCCUAGAUGAAUUGGAUGAUGACCUAUGGAUCAAGGCAUUGGACAUGCAACGGUGUGGAGUCACAGAAGCAGUUUCCCAGAGACUCCUAGAUGUUGUAGAAUACAGUCGAUCUCUGGAAAUAGCUGAUUUCCGAAAUAAUAACCUAGAAGCAGCUACCAUCGAAAGAAUAUUUGAUCUGUUGAAAGAGAAGCGCAACUUCAGCUCAGUCUCCGAGUUCAAGUGGUGCUUCACCACCACUUCACUUACAAGCUCCGCACUUCCAGAGACCCAAUCAAAGUGUAGUGUUUUCUACCCAGCUGGCAAGUCAAGGUCAGUCCCAGUGAAGAACAUACCAGCGGUUGCUUCCUGCUCCCAGCUCCGUCGCACCAAAACCAACACAAUGCUCACCAGCAACCCAUCAGUAUGCACCACCCCCCACCUAUCCAAAACAUCCGUAUCAAUAGACUCCAGCAGUCGACCAGAAUUUGCCCGGAGCAUCACCUCACUCAACAGCAAACUGCAACGUGAAACCAGCAAGCGAAUUCGCAUGGAACAAGAAAACCGGAAGUUGAAGGAUGAACUAGAACGUAUGCGGGCUGCCUUCAUCAGCAUAGAGUCGAACGUCUCAAUUGCAAAAGAACGCACCGUGCAAUUCAAUCCGAUGCCACGUAAGAAGAUCUCCUCCACCAAGACGAAGCCCAAAAAGGACGAGGCGAUGCGCGCGGACCACACGAUCAAACCAGCGAUGAACGUCGAGUUUAUUUUUGAUUCGGCUUCCACCUCCACGAACACCGGAUACAGCAUUCUGCAGACCAUGGCGAAGAAUAAAGCAGACUCUGCGACGGCCUGCGCGAUCGAUGAGAGUGAACGAGAGAUUCAGGACUACUUUGAGGACACUGUAAUCGAUUACCAGAGUUUGCGGGGAGCUGCCUGCGCGAAUCCAGACAAUGAUGAUGUUGAUGAUCUCAGCGAUGAGGGGAGUCAGGCAUCCCUGAUCAAGUUCAUGUGCGAACUUAAAAGCACCCAACCUUGAACACAUUCAAUUGCAGACUUAGGGUUGGCUGCUUUACAACCCAAUAUUUUCGUUUGGAAAAAUGACAGAAUAAAAUUAUUUAUGGUUA